AUGCCCUGUGCCCAGUCCGCAUGCUUAAUCAUUUUUCUCUCUGGUUUCCUCAGCACUAACGGCAUCGAAAAGAAGAUUUGGGCACGGUCGCUGCCUGAUCCCGGAUGGACACUGGCCUCAGUCAACGUUCCCAUUGAAGACUCCUCCCAGAUUGACUUAGCUGGUAUCAAAGGCGAUAAUUCGAUGGCAUCCAUGCUAGUGGACGACAUGUAUGUUCUUCAGAAAUCGUGUGAGGCAGAUGCUGUCACAGAAUGCGGCUUUGAAGAGAGCUACGUCUGUGGCUACACCAGCGAAUCAGGACUCGGGAAUUGGACGCGGGUGUCGCCAUACAACGGCGACGACGUCCUUGCUCCGCACACGCCCGUCGACCAUACCUACAACACCGAAUAUGGGCACUACAUGGAGGCGGCGCUUGUCCCAUCUCAUAAAGACGAUCUGGUCGGACGUCUCAAGUCCCCCGAGAUUUCGCAGCCGGCGGACGUUCAGCAGUGUGCCACCUUCUGGUACGUUCACAACGGCGCGACUUUUCUAGACAAGCUCAUCGUCUAUGGCGUUCUCAACGGGGACUAUGGCAAACCGCUGUGGAAGGAAAAGGCAAGUUACAUCGACACGUGGUUGUCAGCGUCAGUGCCAGUGCCAACAGGGCCGCCGACAGUGCAGCUGGUGUGGGAGGCCUGGCAAGGCAAGAGGAACGACCACUCCACCAUUGCCAUUGAUGACGUCACGAUCACCAGGAAGCCCUGCGACUCCAUCGGAACGUGCGACUUCGAGGCGAGCACGUGCGGCUGGCAGAACGUGGUCACGGGAGACAACCGCACAGACGAGUCGGACUGGGUGCGCGGGACGGGCCGGACGGGCAUCGACCUCGAUAAUCCCGAGGCGGAUCAUAAUGGAGAUGUCAAUGCCACGUACCUUUACGUAGACACAGUAUUCGGGGGCACCGGAAUGGCACUGCUGGAGAGCCAGAUGUUCCAGCCUGAACAGCACAACAACCUUUGUUUCCACUUCUGGUUCUUCAUCCAGGGAGAAGAAGAGGACAACAUAUGGAUCGAGUUGCAGAAAGAGGACGGCAGGAAACACGAGGUGUGGAAUGCAAACGGCCAGAGCGACAAGCUUGGAAAAUGGAAGGAAGGACAGAUACACAUCAAGGCAGAUAACGUUUUCACCCCUGCGCCAUACCAGGUCUUCUUCGUUGGUUUCCGUAAGCACGAGCACGCCAAGAUAGCCAUCGACGACCUCGUCAUGACCAAAUUCAACGGAAACUGCUCAGUGUUGCCAACUCACAACGAGGAUGUAUCUUGUGAUUUCUCAGAAGAUCAAUGUGGCUGGACAAAUGAUCCAGACAACCAAAUUAAUUGGAAAUAUAGUGCCGGAGGCCACGAGAUGUGGCUCGACCCAGCGGACGUGGGAGAGAACUACAGGGUCGGUCGUUUUAGGAGCCCCGUCGUGGAGGUGGGCGAAGGAGACGCUCUUUGCUUCACGAUGACCUGGAAGAAGGAGGACCAGGUCGAUGCCUCGCUCUCCGUCGAGCUUUACAGCGAGAGCUUCGAGGAGGAGGAGACCUUGAUGACGAUCCACGACGGCAUCUCCGGCGAGUACAGGAACACCAGCGUUGAGGUCACUCGGGCGGGGAAGCACCACUUCGUGAUCGCGGGUUUGGUGAGUCCCCGUUGGCAGGGCGUUAUGAGCUUCAACGGCGUCUCCGUGACCGAUGAGCCCUGUUCGGAAGCCGUAGUUUCAGGAGGACUCUCUUGUGACUUCGAAAACCCACAACAAUGCGGCUUCCACACUUCCCUCCCCGGAGAUACGGCGAAAUGGACGUGGGGUUCCGGCACACCUUCCCUUGACCACACCCUCGACGCUAUGGAUGGUCACAGCAUGUUCGUCGUCGUGAAUGAUGUAGGGAGUAGCAAGAUAGCGCAUUUAGUUACUCCAUCUGUCGUGCCCACGGACGAGUACUUGUGCAUUACCUUCUGGAUUUACAUGCAAGGCUCCCAGUCCUCCACACUUACGAUGUACAUAGAACAAGGGGGACUCAACAGCCUCCCGCUCUGGACGAAGCGUAAGUCCUUCGGCGCGGAAUGGCGCGGCGCCAGAGCCAGCACCAGGGUUGAUGUUUCUCAGAAUUUUACGGUGGUCUUCGAGUUAUUAACGGACAUGGAGGUAAUCUUCGAGAACGUGGCUGUGGACGACGUGGUGAUCAGCCCAGGUAGUUGUCCGGAGCCCGUGUCUUGCAACUUCGACGACGACCUCUGCCUGUGGACGCAAGGGCGCAUGGAUAUGAUCAACUGGAAACUUGUUAACAGUCAGGGCGAUCUUCAAGACCACACGUCUGGCAACGGUUAUUUCCUGUCUCUGAAGACAGGACCUCCUGCAGCACCUGGAGACAUAGCGGUAUUGGACUCUGAGCCUGUCAUGAUCUCGGAUGCCGCCUGUCUCUCCUUCUGGUACAACAUGUGGGGCUCGGGUAUUGAGCACCUAAAUAUGCUGCGCCAAGAUGGCGAAAGUAAAAUCACGUCGCUGUGGAAGCUGGAAGGAGCGCGCACCCAGAACGCAUCGGAGUGGCAGUACGCCAGCUUACCUGUCUACAGUGGCUCGAGCGAAUUUUUGCUGAAGCUCCAGGCGGUCCUGUCAAGAACGGACGAGGAGGCCCACGGAACGAUCGCCGUGGAUGACAUCAUCCUCGUGGCGUCCGUAGAAUGCGGCUACGAACCCCCCGGGGCUGAGGUCCUACCCCCGACAAUCCCUCCGCCCACCCCAGGCCCACCCCCACGCCAGGAUUCCUGCAGUCCUGUGACUUCGAGGAUUAUGGUGAACCCUUCUGCGGGUGGACCGAUAUCUCUGCGAACGAGGAUUACAAGUGGACCAUUGUGAAGGGAGCUCUUGGGGUCGAGGGUAUUGGCCCAGUGUCCGACCACACAACGGGAUCAGGGCACUAUGCCUCCGUCAGCAGAGGGCCAGACAUGGACCAAGUCACCGACGAGAUGUCGGUCCUACAGAGUCCUCAACUUCAAAACAGACACGAUGAUUGCUUCCUCUUCUGGUAUUUCCUGUGGGGACAGUCCACGCACCUG